AUGUCUCUGAACAGCAACGAAGAAAGGCCUACCUAUGGCCGUGCAAGGUCGACCUCAGACUCCACCAGCACCACUUCAGCGUCUGAGAUGCACGUCAAGAUCUCCAAGCAAAUGCGUACGCAGCAGGACCGCUGGGCAGAAUGGCAGAAGAAGCAGAUUGCGCUGUUUCGAGAAGCUGCCAUGGCCCCAGACAACGAAGACUCCUUGCGAAAACGAAUAACCACGAAACGACCACAUGUUCACCUAGACAAAGUCUCAUCGACUCUACGAAAACUCCGCGGAUAG